AUGGGCUCUUUAGGGACCGAAACCACAGUGAACGAUGAGGUUUUUGACCUCAUUAUUGUAGGAGCAGGAAUUAAUGGACUUUAUGCUGCGAGGUCAUAUCUUGCAAUCCAACCAUCUAUAAAUUUAAUAGUAAUAGAUUCCCUAUCGACUGUCGGCGGUGUCUGGUCGAAGGAGCGUAUAUAUCCGGGUUUACACGUCCAAACUGCCCCAGAAUACUUCGAGCUCCCGGAAUUGCAAUACAAAGACCUCGAUCCGCCCGUUGAAUACAAUGGCAAAGGUUUUAUGACAGGUCCAUCAUGGUCUCGAUAUUUCCAAGCUUGGAGCGAGAAGGUUGGACUUACAAAGUACAUAAGGCUCAAUACUAUGAUCCGACAGAUCACCCGGCAUGAGGACGGUACUGGGAAAAAAUGGUGGCGAUGUCAUAUUGCUGAUAGCCCUAAAGCUCUAUCGGCUGAGAAAUUGAUUGUUGCGAAUGGAAUUACGAGUUUACCAAACUAUCCUGACUUAGACUGGACAACUUUCACGAAACCCGUGAUGCAUCAUCGGUAUUUUGGGGAGAGGUCGAAGGAGUGGGAUAAUGAGGAAGUCAAAAAUGUGACUAUCUAUGGUGCAGGCAAGGGGAGUAUGGAUAAUAUUGUACAGCUGGCGAAGGCUGGGAAGAAGAUUAAGUGGGUGAUUCGCAAAGAAGGCCGUGGACCUUGCUGGAUUCUCGAUGGCAAUCUACCUGGUGGUAGACAUGCCGAGUACCUGGGCUUCAGUCGAAUCUUGGCUCUUUUGAUGCCCUCGCUAUACCAAGAUAGCGGUUUCCCUGGCCUCCACUACUUUUUCAAACGUAACAUCAUCGGCAGGAAUAUCUCCAAGUUCAUAAUGAACUCAUCUAAGAGAGUUGCUUUAAUGCUGAUGCAACCGAUCACGCCUAACAUUGAGAAGGCGAUACCGGAAUUACCUCCAUUUUGGAUGUAUCAUGUCAUUGGAGUGGAUAACUACGAUGUGAAAAUCUGGGAUUAUUUCAGAGAUGGAACCGUCGAAGUUAUUAGGGACAAUAUCGUAUCACUUCAAGGGGACACUAUCGGCCUCGCAUCGGGUGAUAGUUUCACAACAGACGCCGUUGUCUUCGCCACAGGCUGGAAAGCCGGUGUCUCUCUUUUUUCCGAGAAUCAAACCUUGGAAAUGCAACUCGGCCUGCCGUCAAAACAAUAUUCCGAAGAAUACUCCUCGAAAUGGAAAACCUUAGAAAAUGAGGCAGACAAGCGUGUAUACGCCGAAAACCCAAUUCUCAAAGACGCCCCCACUGCCCCACGGGUACCACCACAGGAGUCAGGGCCGUUUAGGUUAUACCACUAUACCGUCCCAACAGAAUUUGCAGACAGGAGUAUUGCAUUCCUGGGGGUUUCUCCAAGUCCUGGAACAUCUCAUUACGCCCUUAUCAUGGGAUUGUGGACUGCGGCGUAUAUGAGUGGGAAACUGGAACUCCCAACCAAAGAAGAAAUGGAGAAGGUUACAGCAUUUGAAUUGCGGUUCACACAGAUUCGACAUGUUGGGUUCUCGAAUGAAUUUCCGUUGAUUUCGUUCGAUUGGAUGUCGAUUGCCGCAGUUAUGUUACAAGAAGCAGGUAUUAACCCGUACAUGAAGAAGAAUUGGAUAAGUGAAAUAUUCACAGCGUACACAUGGGAGGACUAUACGACAAUAUAUGACCAAUGGAUUGCGAAGUACGGAUUGGUAGAGGGGAAGCCCCCAGCGUCUGAGUAA